GGAGCCGAAGGGGCACCCUCUUUCUCUCUCUCUCGCUCUCUGCCUGCCUCCCUCCCUCCCCAUGUUGGAUCGGGACCUCUGGGGCUGAAACAGCCAUUCCCAUGUGGAUGCAGGAUGGACCCGCUCUGGAGGAUGGAUCAACUGCUUCUCUACAUCAAUGCAGCCCUCCUGGUUUAUUUCAGCUGUGCCGGCUUCUGUCUGGCGGAUGCAGACAGCCCCUCCGCUCCAGUCAAUGUCACAGUCAAGCUCCUGAAAGCCAACUCAGCUGUUGUGACCUGGGACGUCCUGGAAGAAGAGGUGGUCAUAGGAUUUGCCAUCUCCCAGCAGAAGAAGGAUGUCAGGAUGCUGCGCUUCAUCCAGGAGGUGAACACCACCACCCGCUCGUGCUCCCUCUGGGACCUGGAGGAGGACACCGAGUACAUUGUGCACGUCCAGUCCAUCAGCAUCCAAGGCCAGAGUCCAGCCAGCGAACCAGUCCACUUCAAGACCCCCCGGGAAGCGGAGAAACUGGCUUCCAAAAACAAAGAUGAGGUAACGAUGAAGGAGAUGGGAGAGAAAAACCAGCAGCUGCGAGCCGGGGAGAUCCUCAUCAUUGUCGUGGUCUUGUUCAUGUGGGCAGGGGUGAUCGCCCUGUUCUGCAGGCAGUACGACAUCAUCAAAGACAACGAACCAAAUAACAACAAGGAGAAAACCAAGAGCACCUCAGAAAACAGCACCCCCGAACACCAGAGCGGGGGCCUCCUGCGUAGCAAGUUUCCAAAAAACAAGCCCUCAGUGAAUAUCAUUGAAGCAUGACAGCCUGAUGGAUGGACUCCGUUUCUCCUUCUCUGUCUCUUUCCCUCCCUCCCUCCAAGAUUUGGCAACUGGGGAAGUGAAAGGUUUUCAGAGCUGUUUGGAAAGAGUUCUGUUCAGCUGCUGCAGACUGUAGCACAAGCCUUUCCUUCCAUACCCUGGAGGAAAAAACCCAACAAGCCCAUCUCCAUGUGGGAUAGAAAAGAAACUCGGUAAUGUACUGAGCUACAGCAUACUUUGAACUAGGCUGUGUCCCACACACCAACAAAUGGGCAUUUGCUGGUGGGGCUAGGAGGAGUGUCAUCUUUCACCUUGACCGUCUGUCUCUGUCUUGUCCUGAAACAUUCGUCUCUUGGGAAAUGCUCCAGCUCAUUCCUGGUUUGCUUUCUUCUUACCACAGCUCAGUUUUUCAGUAGGAAAUGCUAUCCUGGAUUCCAGACACGACUGCAUCCAUCUCUUCGUGACAACGCUGGAGAACGCUCUGUCCCCUCUGACCACAGACCAAACCAAUGACUUUGGCUAGGAAUCCCACGCAGACGUCUUGCCAUUUGUGCUUUAAGUAGAAACAACUGUUUGCAGGCAUUCAAUUUUGUGUCUUUAAUACAGUCUCUGGCAAUCUGGUGCCUACCAGCUAUUUUGGACUACAAGUCCCAUCAGUCCCAGCUAGCCAACAAAGUGAGCUGUCGUCCCAAACAGCUGGUGGGCAUUAGGUUAGCGAAGGCUGCUUUAAACAAAGAGACAAAGAAACCAGAAGCACACAUUUUUCCACCUGGACUCUCAGGACUCCGCUAGCUGCUUAUUAUAAGUUACUUUGAGCAGUUGUGAGUUUCUUAUUUCCCCCCAAGUUUUGGUGUAUAUUUAAUGUUGUUUCUCCAACUGGAUAACCAACAGAGAAUGCAAAAAACAAAAACAAACCUAACCCCAAAUCUUCCAGUUCUGUAGAACAGCAAAGAGAUCUGACGACGACUAUAGACAAGAAUGGUGGAAACAUCUGGUUUUUUCUCCCAGGGAGAGCCCCAUCUAGGCUGCAAACUUGUUUUGGUUUUAUUCCACUUUAUUGUUAUGGUUUUUCCAAAGAAUCCUGGGAAUACUAGUUUGGUGAGGAGCUGGAGAUUAUACAAAUUAAGAAGAACCUUGCUGAGCCAGGCCUGAGGUGUGGUCUUAGGGGUGGGGAACCUGUGGCCCUCUAGAUGCUACUGACUACAACUCCCGCUAUCCCUGACGGAUGGCCAGGCUGGCUGCAGGGGCUGAUGGGAUCUGCCAUCAGCCAACAUGUCCCAAGUCCCUGGGCUACCUAGUUGGGAAUUCACUUUCCAGUUGUGGGCAGCCCGGAGCCAAUUAAGAAGCCCACAAGCAGGGCACAACUGUGGUGGUGGCCCUCCUCUCUUGCUGGCCCCUUGUAGCUAGUCCUGCCUGUGGACAUGGGGGAUUGAUUUUAUGCCUGUAAAGCUAAUCACCAGUGACAGCUUGGCCCCUCCAUGGAUUCCCCCAGUCCUUAACUAAGGUGAUGAAAGAUGGUGACCACCAUUAGCAGAUGCCUGGAGUGAAUUAUCCUCUGUGUGAAGAAGCCCUGCUUUCUUUCCCCUCUGCUAAAAUCACUGUCACUUUUACUGGAUGACGCUCUAGUUUUAGUGCAGGGAAUUAUCUGUUGCCGAUGCCAAGGCCCAUCAUCACCAAAAUUGAUAGAUGCCAACUACGAUUCCCAGGGGUUCCCUGGAAAGUAGGAAAUGGCUGUGAAACCUGUUGUAAUCUGCUCUUCGGAUCUGUGCUUAUCAAACCAUUUCUUCUUAGCCGGGUCUGAUGUAAUCCGCCCACAGUGUGCCAAAGCAGCUACACUUCGAUCCUUGAAAACAAACAACACACCAAUUUAAUUCGCAUUGUGCCAAGAUUGCUUGAUGCAAAGUCAAGCACCUUUGUAUAGGGGAGCCUCGCACCAACAUGGGAUGGCUGCUCUGCAAGUCAUCCCAGCAACUUUGUCAGCGCAGGGGUGGAUUUGGGGCUCUCAAAUUUCAGUGGCACCCUGUGCAAUGCUAAAAUUUGGCACCCCCACCUCUUGCACUCAUUUCUACGGUACUGUUGUGGCAUCCCUUGAAGUGCAGUGUCCAGGGCGACUGCACUGCUUUUCAGUGCAUGAGAGGCCACGGAGGCCAAAGCCUCUCAGACAGGAGCUGAAAUUGGUUGGAGAGGGAAAAACUCCAUGUAGAAACUCACUCCAACUGGCCAGCAAAAGCUCAAGGUGGUUCGUCCUUCUUUAUGGAUGCUGUUGGAUUUAGGGGGUGGGCUGUGGUUGUUUUUAAGGGGGCUGUAAAUUAUGAAUUUUGUCAUUACUUAGCAUCACUGCCUUAUUGUGUCUUAUCAACGAGACUUACUUUUUUUAAUCCCUUAAAAAUGUCUUCUACAAAAUCAAAAUGUGAGAAUCAUCAAUUUGGUUCACUUACUUGAACCUGACCUUUCCUUUCUCAGAGCAGUAUUUUGGCCUCACAACAACCCUGUGAGGUAGGUUAAGCUGUGACACACCCAGGGCCUCCAAGUAUCCUUCAUUGCUGAGCAAGGAUUUGAAUGUGAUACGCACCAGGAAUAUGUGCAUGAUCAAUGCAUGUAGCAGGGGGAGCUAGACUGAAAAACCAGGCACAGUUCUUGUGUGUAGGAAGCCAUAUGAGUUCACCAACUGGGAUUUCAAAAAACUUGCCUCAUUUUGAGUUCUGACCCCAAACCCAUCUUAUGUGCUGUAGGGUAGUCAUCUCACCCACAGUAUAAUAAGGGCAAGGCAUAUCCUAGAUUCUCUUUUCCAUUAUUUCUUUCUUGCCCCUAGGGUUAAUCAAAUUGCCAGAUUUCUGCCUUGGUCUUUCCUGACAGAAAGGUGGGAGAAGUGGUGGACAAUUUUCUGCAAUUAAUAAGUUUUUCACGGUUGAAAGCAGACAGAUCUGUGCAUGUGGCAAUGCUGUGGAAGGUGAUAAGGGAGGAGCAGGAAGAAGAUUCCCCUGUUGUGCUUCAGUAUUAAGCCCUCUGCAUGUUGCUCCAGGAAGCCUUGCAUCCACACUGGGAGAAGAGAUAGGCUUCUGAUUGCUCAAUCAAAAUGCCAAGUUGGCUUGGUCUGAAGUUUAAUUCCUCCUCUGCUGAGCUCAGUAACUGGCCUAUCAGGGGAGUUCAGUUCCACGGUUGGCCUGGUUCACACAUAACACUAAGCCACAAUUUAUUAAAGUAUACACUAUUAACCAUGGUUUUUGCUUGACCAUCCUACUCUUGCCAAGCAACUUAAUGAUGGUUAACUACCAGCAAACCAUGGUUGUUGGCUUACAAGCCUUGAAUAGUUUUAACCAUGGCUUUGGUGUUAUGUGCACACCCAAGACCUGUCGGUAAUCAUGGUUUGCUUUGCCCCAUCACUCAGACAUGUGGCAAGUUACAAAGGUGUGAGGCAAGAGCGGGUGGAAAACAUACUAAACUUUGAAGAAACGAAUCAUGGUUUGAAGGAUCAUCUAUGGGUUAACUCACAGUUAACUGUUUCUUAAACAAACAAUUAGUGUUUUAUGUGCAAACUAGCCGGGAGGGAGGGAGGAGGGCUUGUAUGCAUAGUGAUUACCAGACAGAGCUGGGACCACAGGUUGGGAUGCCACUGUCUUCCUUGGCCCUGCUCCUGUGCAUGUAACAAUAACCCUGCCCCCACUCCGCGUACCCAAAUUAAUAAGGGAUGUAUUAUUUCUUGCCACAUUGAUAAAGCCAGGGAAUCCAUUCCACUUGCUAAAUGUCUGCAUGUCAGGCUCAAGGCACAGGAGACAAGGAAGAAGAAAGGAAGAAAAAGGAGUCAGUCAGACUCAGAUCUCUGCUUCAGAUUUUUCUUCAGUCACAAACUCUGUGUCUGGCUUGAACAAGACACUAGCAGCUAGCUCACUAUCCUUCCCCUCAACCUCUAAUUGGUUGCAUAGGGAUAAUACUGGCCUUUUAGUGGAGAAUAAAUUGGGAAUCCCCAUGUUGAGACGGUGUGCAUCACUUAAUGCCCGCUUGUCAGGGGAAAGAGAGAGAGGCUGUUCUGCUCAUACCCUGUUUUGGGGCUUCUCAGGGGCUUUUUGCUGGCUCACAGUGAGAGACAGGCUGCUGUCCUGGAUGGACCCACCCUGGAACCAUCCAGCAAGGCUCUUCAAGCCCACUUUGCAGGGUUGCUGUAAGGACUGUGGAGAUAACAAGUCUGACAAAGUGCUUUGGUCUCUCUAAAGCAUGGUAUCAAUGCUAGGUAGUGUUCCUAGAGCUGAUGUUUCCAUGAUGACAUCAUGACCGCCUCCUUUUUUGCAUUGCUGUGUUUUUCCUGCUUCCAGGCCCUCCUCAGACCCCCUCAUCUCUGCCUUCACUGAGCUCAGGAAGGGCCUGCUCAUCUGCAGGUGGAGAAGUCUAGUUGCUUCAGUUUCUGUCAUGGUGUUAAUGUGCCUCUUCAAAAUUGUGUCUCUUCUCAUCGGUGACUAAGUCAGCGCCUGCUCUAAAGCUUUCAACAUCCACGCAAAGCCACUUGCAACCAGCCCCUCCCAUCUACUUCCACACAAGGUGCCGGCAGAUGGCAUCCCGCACCACCCUGGUGCUUUCCAGAGGUUUUGGACUACAAUUUCCAUCAUGCUGGCUGUAGAGUGCUGAGGAUGCUGGGGACGCAGCUGGGCUGGCAGGGGCUAAUGGGAGUUGUUGUCCAGAACCACCUAAUUAACAGCUACUCACAAUGUGUUGCAAAACAGAGGAAAGACCUCACUCCCCUCAGUUCUUGCCAAAACGAUGGCCGAGAGCAGAUUGUCUGCCUUGUUAGACACAGAAAGGUUGUUACCUGUGAUAACAGUUUUGAGCAAUAAACCAUGUUUUUAAAUGUA